CCUCCCCUUGCCGCCGCUGCCGCCGCCGCCGCUGCUGCUGCCCGUGCCGCUGCCGCUUCCCGCGGCCUGGGCCUCCCGCCGCCAGCAUGCCGCACGCCUUCAAGCCCGGGGACUUGGUGUUCGCCAAGAUGAAGGGCUACCCGCACUGGCCGGCCCGGAUCGAUGACAUCGCCGACGGUGCCGUGAAGCCCCCGCCCAACAAGUACCCCAUCUUCUUCUUUGGUACCCACGAAACAGCCUUCCUGGGACCCAAGGACCUGUUUCCCUACGACAAGUGUAAAGAUAAGUACGGGAAACCCAACAAGAGGAAAGGCUUCAAUGAGGGCCUGUGGGAGAUCCAGAACAACCCCCAUGCCAGCUACAGUGCUCCUCUGCCGGUGAGUUCCUCCGACAGCGAGGCCCCUGAAGCCGACCCGGCAGGUGGCAGUGAGGACGAUGAGGACCGGGGGGUCAUGGCCGUCACAGCCGUGACCGCUGCAGCCGCCAGCGACAGGAUGGAGAGCGACUCGGACUCGGACAAGAGCAGUGACAACAGCGGCCUCAAGCGGAAAGCGGUGGCCUUGAAGAUGUCGGUCUCAAAACGAGCUCGAAAGGCCUCCAGUGACCUGGAUCAAGCCAGCAUGUCUCCAUCCGAGGAGGAGAACUCGGAAAGCUCCUCCGAGUCAGAGAAGACCAGUGACCAGGACUUCACCCCCGAGAAGAAAGCCGUGGUCCGGGCCCCACGGCGGGGCCCCCUUCCAGGACGGAAGAAAAAGAAGGCGCCGUCAGCCUCCGACUCGGACUCCAAAGCAGAAUCGGACGGGGCGAAGGCUGAGCCUGUGGCCGUGGCGAGGUCGGCGUCCUCCUCCUCCUCCUGCUCCUCCUCCUCCGACUCGGACGUGUCCGUAAAGAAGCCUCCUCGGGGCAGGAAGCCAGCCGAGAAGCCUCCCCCCAAGCCCCGCGGGCGGAAACCGAAGCCUGAGCGGCCACCGACCACCUCGAGCAGCGACAGCGACAGCGACGAGGUGGACCGCAUCAGCGAGUGGAAGCGGCGGGACGAGGAGCGGCGGCGUGAGCUGGAGGCGCGGCGGCGCAGGGAGCAGGAGGAGGAGCUGCGGCGGCUGCGCGAGCGCGACAAGGAGGAGAAGGAGCGGCGGCGGGGGCGGGAGCGCGGGGAGGCGGCGCCUGCGGGCAGCGCGGGCAGCAGCGGCGACGAGCUCAAGGACGACGACGAGCCCGUCAAGAAGCGCGGCCGGAAGGGCCGCGGCCGGGGCCCCCAGUCCUCCUCCGACUCGGAGCCCGAGGCCGAGCUGGACAGAGAGGUGAAGAAAUCAGCGAAGAAGUUGCACCUGCAAAGCACAGAGCCCGCGCGGAGACCCAGCCAGAAGGAGAAGAGAGGGCGCCCCGAGGAGAAGCCCCGGGCCAGGCCCGUGAAGGUGGAACGGACCCGGAAGCGGUCAGAAGGGUUCCCACCAGACCGGAAGGUUGAGAAGAAGAAAGAACCUUCCGUGGAGGAGAAGCUUCAGAAGCUGCACAGCGAGAUCAAGUUCGCCCUGAAGGUUGACAAUCCGGAUGUGAAGAGGUGUCUGAACGCGUUAGAGGAACUAGGGACCCUGCAGGUGACCUCACAGAUCCUCCAGAAGAACACGGACGUGGUGGCCACGUUGAAGAAGAUCCGCCGCUACAAGGCCAACAAGGAGGUGAUGGAGAAGGCUGCGGAGGUCUACGCCCGGCUCAAGUCUCGGGUCCUGGGACCAAAGAUCGAGGCCAUCCAGAAGGCGACCAGAACUGGGCCGGAGAAGGCCGAGGAGAUACUGGCCGGAGAGGAGGCCCCCGCGGAGAGGGCGGAGGACGAGGCGAGCGCUGAUCUCUCAGCCCCUGUGAACGGCGAGGCCACGUCCCAGAAGGGGGAGAGCAUGGAGGACAAGGAGCCGGAUGAAGGACAGAACUCAGAGGAGGGGCCGGGGGGCGGCUCCUCUGAAGACCUGUUACACAACGACAGCAGCGCGCGGGAGGGCCCCGACCUGGACGGGCCCGGGAAGGAGCGGCAGGAGCGAGAGAGGCUGCGGGUGGACUCGGAGUCCCUGGACGACGAGGACAGCUGAGCCGGGCAGCCUGCGGCCGGGCCCCGCCGCCACGCGCAGCCGCCCCGAGGCCUGCCUGGCUCCUUCCCGGCACCCAGGGAGCAGAGAACUGUUGGGGAGACGCUGUGGUGUUCGUUUGUAUUUGUCCCCCUGGGUUUUUUUUUUUUUCCCUAAUUUCUGUGAUUUCCAACGGACAUGAAAUGACUAUAAAGGGUUUUUUUAAUGAAA